UAGACCAUGGCCCAAAAUCUCAAAAUCCCAAAUCCAACUUCAAGACCGCAUGACCGCGUCGUUCAUGCCAGUAGCACAGUAACGCGCAGCAACCCAUCGUCGUCGAUCGUCAAUCUCUGCCUCGCUGGUCGGCCGUCGAACGGACUGUCCACGUCGGAGCUGCGGAACUGGGAAUCUGGCUUUCUGCAACCCUUCUGGCUUUCUAAUUCUGCUCUUCGCUGGUAAACUGGGAAUCUGCAGCUGCGAAACUACCUAACGGGUUGUUUUGGAAACCUCAAGUUCACAUCAAUUUGGGGUUUAGGGUUUUGAAAAAAAAAAGGAAGCAAAGAGAUCCAGCAAUGUCAAGAAGAAAUUUAUUGUUGUUCCUGAAACGCAGUCCUUCAACAAAAAGCGAGGUAGAUGGAAGCAAUGCAAAAAUGUGGGGACAGAGGGCGGUAAUGGGGACAUUGAUUUGCCUGACAGGAGGUGUUGCUCUCAGUGCACUUGAUGAUCUCUCAAUAUACCACAGUUGUAGCAGCAAGGCAAUAGAGAGAGCUAAUAAGAACAAGGCCAUAAUAGAAUCUAUUGGAGUGCCAAUUGUUAGAGGACCAUGGUAUAAUGCAUCGCUGGGGAAGUCGCACCAAAGGCAUUCUGUAUCCUGCUCAUUUCCCGUUUCAGGUCCACAAGGCUCUGGGAUCAUUCAGUUAAAGGCAAUUAAUAAUGGAGAGGAUACUUGGAUUUCAUUUUUUCGGCCCCGUGCUUGGGAAAUCCUCAUUAUGGAAGCUCUUGUUCACGUACCUGGAAAUCAAGAGAAGCAACAAACAUUUCGAAUAACUGUUUCAGAUGAUGUGCCCCCUCCAACUGCCUGUGUGACAUGCCCUGACUUUAGGUCAAAAAAAUCUGAAAGUGUGUAGAAGAACUGAAUUUAGUACGUAGUAUAUAUUUCUUGGAUUUUACAUUCUAGUCAUUUCACCUUCACAAGUUUUGAUUUCACGCAGGAGUGCUAGAGAAUAAUAGGAUGUAAAGUUUUUUAUUCUUGGGAGUGCCUUUGUGUUUUGUGAAGGCUCAUCAUAUAGCAGUCCUAUGAGCUACAUGCUUGUUAAGUUGUUAUUCAGAAUUCGGUUGAACAGAUAAUUGGAUAUUACUUGUACUCAUCAUUUGGAGUAAAAAUUAAUGAGUAAAGGGUCAGUUUGGUCCUCGAAGUUGCAAAAAAGGCGUCAAAUAAAUCCUUAUAUAGAAAAUUCUGUCCGGACGUGCCAUUUGAGGUGGCUCCCGGUGGAAUUUUGUGAUAAAUUUUUUUGAGCAUCUUAUUCAUCAAGUCUAGUUUACUCAUACCAAAUUUCAGCUAAAAAUUUAAUCAGGAAGACAUUCAAAUGAAUUCUUGAAGAUAACAGCGCUUUUAACGGCACAGUUAUCUUCAAGAAUUCAUUUGAAUGUCUUCCCGAUUGAAUUUUAUCUGAAAUUUAGUAUGAGUAAACUAGACUUAAUGAAUAAGAUUCUCAAAAAAUUUCAUCAAAAAAUUCUACCGGGAGCCACCUCAAAUGGUACGUCCGGACAGAAUCUUCUAUAUAAGGACUUAUUUAACCUCUUUUUUGCAACUUCGAGGACCAAACUGACCCUUAAAAUUAAUGAUGAAACUCA